CAGAGCUGCAGCUGCUACGGAUAAAAAGAUUGCUCUUCGUGUCACGCAUGACAAGCUAUACGUUAACUUUUAGUUAACGUUAUCUAAAUUGGUGACAUAUAUUAAACUUGUGUUUCGUAGAAAUAGAAAAAUGAGUGUUUCUGUGACACAAACAUUUUGCAAGAAAGAUGGAGGAAAGAAGGGCUACAGACCACAGCGGGUACAUGACUAUCUCUACGAUCCCAUUUACACGGUUUCCGGAGAGAUGGAUCAUGCAAGGGUCUCCUUCAAGUCUCACGCGUCAGUGGAUAGAGUGCGGAAGGUGCCGGAAUUCAAGUCCAUGUUCAGUCACCUGCCGCACCAUCCCCGUUACACCCUUCGUUUGGAGUCCACGGAUCCCGUGCCGGAGUUCAUCAAUCGCAGGUGGCGUGGCCAUGCCGACCAGCGCAGGCAAGCGCUACAGCAGCUGACUGGUGUCAUCCCAGGAAUCCAGACUGAAGCAUCUGACCAGCAGGCUUGCAAUGUGUCUGGUGCAGACCGCUGGAAGUUUUUCAAACGGCCCCUGAUCCCGUUCACCCAGCAGGUUCCCGCUGACGUGGUGUUCGCUGUCCCCAUGCGGGUGAUGCGUGCUGGGCUCCGGCCCACCCCGCCAGAGCUGCUCACACUGGCCACGCUCACAUGGGGCCGCGGGCUGCCAGCAGGACUGGCGGAGGUGGAGAUGAUCGAGCGGGCGCGGGUCAAGCGGGCCUGGGAGGCCACCCUGCCGCCGCUCCACGACCUGGCGCAGCUGGACAAGAGGAGGAGGAUGAUGGAGGAGAUGGAGAGGAAGGAGUGGGCCUUCAGGGAGAGCGAGAUCGAGAAGCUCCAAGAGGCCCGUCUGGCCCUGCUCAUGCGGUUGCUGAGGCAGCGGGAGGAGACACAGCAGCAGGUCACGACCCAGCGCCUGGACCAGUGCUUCAGCCAGCAGCAGCUGACCAAAGAGGCGCACCUCAGACGCAUACGCAACAACUACGCCAUCUCUCUGCGGAAGCUGGCCAGGCGUAAGAACAUCGAGGAAGCUGGGCGCGGGACGUGCCUCGUCCAGCUGGAGGCGAACAUGCCCUCCUCUGUGCUGGAGCCGCGCAUCGCUGCAAACCCAGUGUCGGGAGCCGUCCAAGCUGCGACCGCGGAGAUGGAGCUGGCCAGGACUUACAAGGCUCUGAAGGAGGAGAAGGAGCGGGGGGAGGAGAAGAAGCCUCUGCGUUUCCUCUAUAAGAAGGAGAAGCCAGUGGACCGACCCGCCAGCCCCGUGGUGGAGGCUCCGCCUGAGGGAGAUGAGGAGAAAGAGCUGGCUGUCAUCCUCCUGCAGAAGUUGCUUCGAGGCCGGUCCAUUCAGAAUCAGAUGUUUGAGGGGAAAGAGAGGCGCCUUGAGCUGAUCCAGGACCUGCGCACCACACACGCUCUCCAGCGGGAGGAACAGGAGCUGCUCAAGGAGGAGAAACACCUCAUGGCCACCCUGCAGACCCAGAGAGAACUCCACUGCAACAAGGUGUCCCAGUUGGAGGCUUACGAGGCUGGGGUAUCGGGGGCAGUGCUGGUGGACAUGCUGGACUUCCUGUCCAAGGAGCUGGUGCGUCUGCAGGAGGAGCGGCGUCUGCACGCCCUCACGCUACUGGCCGAGAGGAGGAGGCGCAUGCGCGAGGCCGAGGAGAGUGGCCGACGCCAGCUGGAGGAGAGGAGGCGCCGCGAGGAGGACCACAUCUUCAAACAGGUGGUGAAGGUGCACCAGGACACGGUGGACCUGUAUCUGGAGGACAUCAUCCUGGGCACAGUGGAGCAGACGGCUGACGCCCAGGCACGAGAGGAAGUGCAGAGGCUGGCCGAGGAGGUCAACAAUGUUGCCUACGCCAUGGAAGAGACACGCAGCGUUCUGCAGUCCGAGGAGAUUGUCGCUGAGCUGGUCUACAGCUUCCUUCUGCCUGAGAUUCAGAAGAUAUCAGUUAGAGACAAAGUGAGGCAGAGUCAACGUCGGCACCUGCAGGCCGCCCACUCCAUCAUCCACAGGGGCGCUGAGGGCUCCGCGGCUCCAACCGGACCCCUGAGGCCCCUCUCCCCCUCGGACCGCGCCUCCCAGCAUCUCCUGCGGGACAUGGUCAUCCAGGUGGACGGGACUUUGUCCGUCCCCUCCACCGCCCUAACCGCCAGCAACGCUACUCUGGCAACCACAGCACUGGCAGACCCCUCCCACGAUCAUACAGACAACGUGUUAGAGGAAGGGCAUGAUGCUGAGGAGACUGCCAGUCAUGAUGAGGCAAAACAGGAAGCCGAGGCCUGAGGAGUCAUGAUCAUUUUUGGGUGGCCAAAUUUGUAAUCCUUUUUAAGAAUGACAAUAAAAUGGCAAGAGCAUAUUCUUUGGUAAAAGAAAAAUACAUAUUAUGUGUUGACUCAACAGAUAAUGGGUAGUUUUAUGACAAGCAUGGGAUAGGAUUGUGGUGAUUAUUAAAACCGUAAAGCUUUUCAAUGUCUGGUCCACAUUUCAUAAUCCAACAGGUCUUGCAGGACCAUGCAAAGCACUGUUCGACAAGGGAACCUUUUGGAGAAAUUUGGCUUGAAUAUGUCUUAGAGCAAAUAAAGAUCUUUUGGGUUUUGAUGAUUCAAAA